CUAGUCUCUCUCUUUUAUCUUUCAAGCAUUGAGUAGAAGUAGAAGUUUAUGCAUGUUUUCUCAUCCCAUUGAUUUGAAGAUGUGAGCGAGAAGUGAGAACUACUCAUUUUUUUUACAUUUAUAUAGAGAUGGAGAUCAGUAUAAAGGAGUCUACCAUGGUUCAUCCAGCUGAAGAACACACUCCCAAAGGAAGUAUAUGGAACUCCAAUUUAGAUCGACUGAUUUCAAGAUACCACGUCUCUACUGUAUACUUUUAUAAGCCAAAUGGUUGUUCUGAUUUCUUCGAUACUGGAAGGGUUAAAGAGGGUUUGAGCAAGGUUCUUGUCCCAUUUUACCCUAUUGCAGGAAGGUUGGGUUAUGAUGAAAAUGGAAGACUUGAGAUAAUGUGCAACGAUGAAGGAGUUCUAUUCGUUGAAGCUGAAACUAGUUCAGUGUUGGAAGAUUUGGUUGGUAAUGGUGAUUUUACUCACAACUCUCACCUAGUUCCUAAAGUUGACUAUUCUGGAGGAAUAUCCUCUUAUCCACUUCUUGUAGUGCAGCAGAUAACUAAGUUCAAAUGCGGUGGUGUUUGUUUGGGAGUUGGCACAUCGGCUAUUCAUUUCAUCAAUAGUUGGGCUGACACCGCCCGAGGCGUCUCGCCUGCCAUUGCACCAUUCAUCGAUCGAACUCUUCUUCGUGCUCGAGUCCGACCAGUGCCUAAAUUCCACCAUAUUGAAUAUGAGCCUUCUCCUCCAUUGAAGGCUGUUGAAUCUGAUCUUAAGCCAUCCACUGUCUCCACUUUUAAGCUUACAGUUGAUCAAUUGAAUGCCCUGAAAGCCAAAGCUGCUGCAAACAGUAGUGGUACAAAGUAUAGUAGUUACAACAUCUUGGCUGCACAUAUAUGGCGCUGCGUAAGUAAAGCAAUGGGUCUCUCAGACGACCAACCUACCAAGAUGUACUUUCCAGUUGACGCUCGAUCUAAAUUGAAUCCUCCUCUCCCACCAGGCUACUUCGGUAAUGUUAUCUUUAUAAAUGCACUCAUUACUCAAGCUGGUGAUCUCAACACUGAAUCCUUUCUUGAUACUAUUAAGAGGAUCCAUGAAGGGUUAAAGCAGAUAAACGAUGAAUAUUUGAGGUCAGCUCUUGAUUACAUUGAAACUGUGUCUGAUUCAAGCACUUUGGUUAGAGGAUCGCACACUUUCCGAUGCCCAAACCUCAUUGUAAACACUUGGAUGCGAUUGCCUAUCUAUGAAGCAGAUUUCGGAUGGGGUCGCCCCAUUCAUACGGGGCCAGCAGAUAUCGUUCAUGAAGGCAUAGUUUAUUUACUGCCAACUCCCAUUAAUGAUGGGAGCUUGUUACUAGUAGCUCGCUUGGAGAUUUCUCACAUGUCAUGUUUUGAGAAGCUCCUUUAUGAGUUUUAGUAACCAUGAGCUGUAAUAGUUUUGAAAAACUCCUUUAUGAGUUUUAAUAAUUAUGUCACUGCUUAUGCAUAGAGCACGGUUGUGUUGAAAAUGGCAACCAUGCUGCUGUUAUGUUUUUGCUAAUAAAGUGCAUGCGGCUAUGAUGAUUUUGUUGAGUGCAUACAGCUUGGAUGCAUGCUGCAGCAAUUGUGCAUGUUGCAGCAACAUAUUUUCUGUUUUAGUUGCAAUGUAAUUUAGUUUGGUUGAAAACGAACUGUUUAGGUGAUGAUUAAGCUAAUAAGUCAGCUUAUUCAUGUGUACAAGUAAUGUUUUAAUAGUCUCAAUGCUGAUUAGUGGGAUUAGUUGAA